GCGGAACAGGGCGGACAGAGGCGUGGAGUUUUAGAUGCGGAAUUAACGCAUCCGCGGCGCCCGAACCGGACUGAAUAUGGCGAGCACCGAGAGCAAAAGCGGGUCUUUGGAAAACUUUCACACACCCGAGUCAAACGGAUCGGCCCAGCCGGGUGCGAGGUGGGGUCCACAGCAUGCAGGUGCUAGAGAGCUCGCGGAGUUAUACUCUCCAGGAAAAAGAUGUCAGGAAUGGAUCAGUGUGCUUCUUUGCUUUACCCUCAUGGCCUUCAACUUCUGUUACCUGGUAACAUACUUCCACCUAGGACACAUCUGGUACAUCCUCCUGGCCAUCGUGGCAGGGAUCCUGACAGCAGACUUUGCCUCUGGUUUGGUCCACUGGGGUGCUGACACAUGGGGUUCAGUGGAUCUGCCCAUCGUUGGGAAGGCCUUCAUUCGUCCGUUUCGAGAGCACCACAUCGAUCCGACAGCUAUAACACGCCAUGAUUUCAUUGAGACUAAUGGUGAUAACUGUAUGUUGACUAUCAUCCCUCUGGCUAACAUGGCUGCAAACUUUUUGAUGCUCUCACCAGCGGAGAUCUAUCGGAACUACCCCUGGUACUGUUACGUCUUUGCUUUAGCCAUUUUCGUUACAUUGACCAAUCAGAUUCACAAGUGGUCGCACACAUAUUUCGGGCUCCCACGCUGGGUGACGUUUCUUCAGGAUUGUCAUAUCAUUUUACCACGGAAACACCACAGAGUUCACCAUGUUUCACCUCAUGAAACCUACUUCUGCAUUACCACAGGAUGGUUGAACUAUCCUCUAGAAAAACUGGGAUUCUGGAGAAACCUGGAAGAUCUGAUCCAGAGCCUGACAGGAGAGAAACCCAGAUCAGAUGAUCUCAGAUGGGCCCAGAAAUCCAAGUAAUCUUCCUCUGCCACCAGCCCACCUCCCCUACCUCAGACCUGCUCAUAGGAGAACAAUCUUUCCGUCUAUUUGUCCUCCCUCAGACAGAACAAGAGGAACGGCAAGAUAUCAAACCCUAAAUUAGAAAGCCAUCCAUUGAAAGCAAUAUCCCACUCUAUAAAGAUCCAACAUCUAAAUCCUUGUUGAAAACUAGAGACUUCUGUGAAAUGUUUAAAACUCUUCAAAGUGCAAAAAACAAGCAAAUUUAAAAUGCAGAUACUUGAACAAUUUGGGCUAUUUCCUGGACACCUUUUCAUCCUUCAACUGCACAACGCUUUGCUGACUACUCAUUUUCGCAUCUGCUCUUGGGUUUGGCCUUUGGGACUGAUCUCUCUUGCUCUCACCCUUCUCUUGUUUGGGGUUAAAGUGCAGUAAAGUCAAGGCAUUUUGGCUCUUUGACCACAGAGGGCUGAAAACACGUGUCUUCAUCUGUUGCUUGUGUCUGAACGGACAGAGCAGCAUCAUAUGCAGUCUUACUUCAGUACGCCUUAAAAGAUGAAUCACGAGAAACUUGCUUUGCUUGGCCUCAUCCUUACACUUCAUUCAUCUUUUCAUUAUUAAUACUUUCUUUUGAAGCACAUUUGCAAAUUCAGAAGUCAGCUGUUGACCAAGUUUAUUAGAAGUUUUUCCACAUAGGCCAAUAUUUAGGUCUUUAGUGUUUCAGUGUGAUUAAGCCAUGAGAUCCACAUUGGUGUCCUCGCUGCUCGACACUGAGAUAACCCAACAGAACCUCAGAAAAGGCCUCAUCCAUUUUUAUUUUGUAUUAACUUCAUCAUAGGGUAGGUUGAUGCGAGCUUAACCAGUCGACUGGCACAAACUAACACUCCAUUGCUUGAGUUUUGGAUUUGCAUACAUUGUUACUUAACAGUUUAAUGUACAAUUUAACACUAGCAUGUUAAAUCACACAGCUUGUAGUUCUUAGUUAAUAAUAAUAAUAUGAGAUGUUUAAGGCAGUUACAGCAUGAUGAAAAUAACAGAAUCAUCAGAACAUCUAGCCGUCUAGUGACUUACAACUACUGCUAACUGCUUAUUUAAUGAGCGUUAUACACAUUUUCUUUUAGAAAGCUGCAAUCACAAUGGAUUAGAAAAAGAUUAAGAUUUAUUUACUUGACUUUAUAUUUAAACACAGCACUAGUCAUAUUUUUUAAUUAAUAGAAAUAUUAAGAAAUCUUUCAUCAAUAAUAAUAAUAAAAAAAGAUCUUUGCUUUAAGAAAUGUAGUUUAGGCAGUGUUUAUCGUGUGUGGAUACCAUUGUAACAGUCGUCUUAUAAGAGGGAGGAAAUGGGAGAAGAAAUGAAUAAUUCAUAUUUUAUAUCAAAAUGUAACAUAAUUGUGAUUAUUUUUGUUGUGCCAUUUUUUUACUUUUAAUUUUCUGAAUCAGUUUAAUUAUGUUUCUAACAAUAACUGUUACACCAUGUUUGCAAAUAUGAUUCUUAAGCCUUCAAAAGUUAAAAACUGUAAAGGUCAACCUAAUGAAUAUAAAGCUUUUAAGUUUUGUGCUUGUGUUAAUAUUCAUGCCAAAACCUUGUUACUGUCAGCAGCAAUGUAGCGGUUGUUGUGUUUCAUGUGGUCAGUAUGGUGAUCGUAUGUGUUGUUUAGAUGGGUCAGCUCGACAGAAGCUCAGAGAAUGUGUUUUAGAGAGCCAAUUCAUUUGUCCCGAGUUGUAAAACUGUUACAAAGGAGUCAGCCAGAACUGUAAAAAAGGAUAUCUGAGCUGAUUCAUAAUGUUAUGUGUUGUUACAUCUAAAUUUCCUCCUUUUCUGAAUUCAGAAAGAAAUGUUUAGUGGAAUAUUGAAGUAUUUUUGACAGUCGACUGAUAUCUUCUAUAUUUCUAUGCUUAUACAAGAUGCCAAACUUAUUUUUGCUCAGCUGAUAGAUCUGCUGUGAUGUGUUUGUUUGAAGAGGACACUCCAGUGGUGAUUUUCACCUUUACAGGGAAAUGGAGCUUAAACCAAUUACUUUUAGUAAAAUGUUACAUUUGUCAUUGGACUCCACUUAAUUUUGUAUUUGUAAGUUUUUAUUAUGACAUUUUGUCCUACAUUCCACAUUGUGGACGAUCAAAUCAUAUUACAUAGCUCUACUUUUCUUUCUUUUUUUUUUUUUGAAUAUACUGAUGGUGAAGGACUCCACCAGCUGUAACAUUUCUAAGCUUAUUUCCUGUUGAUUUAAAAUGGUGGAAAAGGUGAGGUGAUCAUGAUGGGGUGAAGCAGUGAAGAUUGUUCUGCAGGGCUAAAUAUUAUAUAAACCCUCAGAAAUGUUGCUUAAGAAAUGUUACUAAUUUGGUGUGCAAUGUAUUGUGGUAGCUGAGUGAUUGUAUUAUCAAACAUGCAAGAUUAGAGUGUUAAAAACCAUUCCUCUGAGGCUCCUAGCUUUCCACGCAGUAGUAUGUAGCUACGAGGAGACUGAACUAAUCACAUUGUGCUUGCUCAAAAAUAUUGUAAUUUCUCUUAGAUAACAAAGCAAAGCCAAUCGCUUAUUCACAGGGGUCAUCUGAUCAAUGACCUUUGGCAUUCACACUUGUUACUGAAUGUUUGUUCUUACUGAUUUAUUGGAAGAAGCCUUUAAAACACUAUCUUGGCUGAUUUUGCAAUUCACCUCAAAGUCUCACAUUCAGUAUGUUUUUGUAGGACGGCUUCUUGUUCAAAACUGAAAAUAACGCCUUAAUGCCUUUUUGUUGUUUCCUGUUUUGAAAACUUAUCAUUUAGUCCAUAUUUAUAAGGAAAUUAAUAAAGAAUUGGAAAGA